AUGCUUGAUCUACCGCCAACGCUAGAAACUGGACAAUGGCCCUGUCCACUAUCCAACCCCGAGAACUCCGUGACUUCUGAUAGAGCCCUACCACUCUCCCCACAAACGAAGUCGGCACCAACACCAAAGCCAUCCCGCCAAGCCAUCACCCCUGAACCUCCAGCCCCGCCAUUCCGCAAUGUUUCCGCUUGUAACAGGUGCCGCCUUCGCAAACACCGAUGCGACCAACGCCUGCCACGCUGUGAAUCUUGCGAAAAGGCACAGGUCCGAUGCGUUGGAUACGAUCCUCUCACCAAGCAAGAGGUUCCGCGUAGCUAUGUCGCGUUCCUCGAGAGCAGAGUCAACUAUUUGAGCGAAAUUCUUCUCGAUCAUGGGAUUGACUUCAAGCCUGCUGUCGCGUACGAUGAAGAAGAGACACUCCGCAUGGAGGCAGACCGCUCGCCAACCGCUUCGUUAAGAGGAUCGAGGGAUGGCCUUGGAGCGAGAUUGGAGCAGACAGAACUCCUGUCGCGCAAGAGGAAGCUGAACCAAUAUCCUGAGACCAGGAUUCCUGCCAGACAGCUGAAGCGCCUGUCACAGUUGAAUGUGCUUCUUCAAGAUUUUUUCAGCGAUGAAUGUUCAAAUCAGAAAUUAUCUCGUGGUCGAGAACGAGAAACACGGCAGAGUUUCUCUCGUCCCUCCGCUAGACAGCGAGGACAGCAACCGCCCAUGGCCCGGGGCCAAAGAUCAUCAUGGUCACCGCAGAGCUUCCAGUCUAUGGAUCACAGCGAUGGCCGAACCAGUCCGGAGACAGAGUCCCCGAGCCCAUCACAUGAGCAAUAUCCAUAUUCCUACCACGACACAGCCCCUAGGCGUGGGAUGUCUCUCUUUGGUGCAGCUUCCAUUCUCGACUCAGACAACGCCUCGCGGGUAUAUGAGUCUAGACAGCCCGAGGUUGAUCUUGAUUUGGUAGAUUUUCAGUUCAAUCCGUCAGAUAUCAAGCAGUUCGAAGAUGGCAGCUUAGAAAAUAGUAGCCCCAGCAAGACCUUGAAUAUGAGCUAUGCUCCGCAGAAACAAGCUUGUCCUCCACCAGAACCGAAGUUUGAUAUUGCUGCGGAUCUUCUUCGUGGGCGUUUGGAGAGAGGGGAGAGGGGAGGUAGGGAGAGAGUUAAUUUGGAUUUGAUGGAUGAGUUUCUUGUUGAUUGGGCUGAAUGA